UAUACAACAGACAUCAAGUUUAAGGAACAAUUCUAUUAGAAAAACAUCAUUAAACGCGUUGUUUGCAGAUAAACAAUUAGUGGCCGCCGACUGCUUAACCAGUCGCCCACCGUAUAUUGACUAUAUCCAUGAAGAAAACACGCAGCUGUAGAUCACUAUCGUCUGCUCAUCAUGAAGACCUUACUUAUCUGUCUUCUGCUGUCCGCCAUAUUGGGCUCAGCGCUGUCUGCUAUCUGUGUUGAGAUGUGUAGCCUACACGAUGAUCUGGACAUUCCUAAAUGCCCUGAUGGUUUCGUCUGCAGGUCUAAUGGUUGUGGGCACACCUGUCAGCCUGAACUCGGUGUUGGGAAGAGAGAACCUUGUCCCUUAGUUCGAUGUAUCCCCUGCUCCACUGGUAUUUAUGAAUAUGAUGAGAAUGGAUGUCAGACUUGUCAGUGUCUUCAAGCUUAAAGAAUUGUGUUUCAAAAGACUAGAUCUUUGUGUGCAGUGUAUCGAGAACAGGAUUUUAAAACUGAUAAUUGUU